AUGGCAGAUCACACAGAAGUCAUGCAAGGAAUAAAGAAGUCCCCACAAGUAACUUAUCCUGUAUUAACACCAAAUCUCCACGGGUUUCAGGCUGCUAUUGAAGCAGGGGCAAAGGAAGUGGCAAUCUUUGGAGCAGCCUCUGAAACCUUCAGUCGAAUGAACACGAAUUGUUCCAUUGAGGAGAGCAUGCAGCGUUUUGAGGAGGUGAUCAGAGCUGCAAAGGAAGGCAGUGUUCCUGUACGAGGGUAUGUGUCUUGUGCAAUAGGCUGCCCGUACGAAGGAACCAUUGAACCAGCAAAGGUUGCGAAGGUGGCAAAAAGGAUGUACGACAUGGGUUGCUAUGAAAUCUCACUGGGGGACACAACGGGAAUAGGGACUCCUGGUGACAUGAAGGAAAUGCUUCAAGCAGUGCUCAAGGAAAUUCCUAAAAGUGCGCUGGCAGUUCAUUGCCAUGACACUUAUGGCCAGGCUUUGGCCAAUGUCUAUGUGGCUUUACAGAUGGGAAUCAGUGUGGUGGAUUGCUCUGUCGCUGGUCUUGGUGGCUGCCCUUACGCAGAUGGUGCCUCUGGCAAUGUUUCCACAGAAGAUGUUGUGUAUAUGCUGACUGGUCUGGGGAUUCACACUGGAGUAGACUUAUGCAAGUUAAUGGAAGCUGGUCACUUUAUCUGUGAAGCACUCAACAGGAAGACCAACUCGAAAGUGGCUCAAGCUUGUUACAAGCCUUGACACAGACAUCUGAAAUGCACUGAAGAGAUUUCAUGUUGCAAGUACUUAAGCCAUAAUAUUUAAUGUUAAUAUUAAAUUCAAUAUUGCACUGGAUUCCUUCCAAUAAUGUAAUGUGCCAUGGUGUAUCACAUCAUACCUU